UACAUUUAUUUACAAUAAUGUAUUAUUUAUAUUUACAUUAUUUAUGUAUUUAAUGUCCUGUACCUCAGUGUAAGUUGCAAACGAGAGAUCAGAUCGUAGCGUUGGAUUUUUGAUGAUUAAACUGAAAGAGCAUAUUUAGAAAUCGUUGAGGACUGUUCAAUAACGACAUUACCGAAAUCAUACCGAGAGAGAGUCAGGAGAGAGAGACAGAGGGAGAGAGUGAGUAAAUGUGAGAGAGCAUCUCACGGAAUUGGGAGAAUGCAAAUUGAGUUACUUCUAAAAAAGUAGACAGUGCAUUUAUUUGAGUUCUGAUAUAUUUAGUUUAAUAUUUUUUACGGAUACAAUGUGUGUAAAUUGUCGUAUAUUAUUUAGGGGUCUGUUCAUGCAUGGAGAUGAUCUGUUAGAAUAUCGUUUGUCAACAACGCUACUGUUGUACAACUAACACGAGGGCCAUGCAUAGUGUGUAACCUAGGACCAUGCAUGGCUGCAGUCUGCAGAAGCAGGUGAGCGUGAUGAGCAUGAACCUGAGCGCCAAACUGGACGAGCUUCAGCGUGGUGACCGCCAGCUGGAGACCACUGUUGCACUGUGUGAAAUCCGGUCACAGCUUCAGGAACUCACCAAAUCUGUCGAGUCAUGCCAAAGUGAGGUGAGCGAAGUGAAGCGUGAUAUGGUGGCCAUCAAACAUGAGCUUGACACAGUGCAGCAGGUGAAAGAAGAGAUCGAAGAAUUGCGGGAGUAUGUGGAUCGAUUAGGCGAGCAGAGUCACCGCCGCAAACUUCGCUUGCUCGAACAGGGCUUGACGUUUUUCCUAUCUUUUGCAAUACUGGCAGCAGUGCUGGGGAUGCUACAGUUUGGUUAUAAUACUGGGGUCAUAAACGCUCCCGAGGCGAACAUUGAAAAUUUUAUGAAAGAUGUGUACAAGCAUCGCUAUGGUGAGGAUAUGACUGACGAUACCGUGAAGUUGCUAUAUUCCUUGGCAGUAUCGAUAUUUGCCAUUGGAGGCAUGUUCGGUGGCUUUUGUGGAGGAAUGAUUGCCAACAAAUUUGGACGAAAAGGUGGUUUGUUACUAAAUAAUAUUCUCGGAGUUCUUGGUGCUGUAUUAAUGGGUUGUACGAAAGAAACACAAUGGUAUGAAGUACUGUUUCUCGGGCGUCUUAUCAUUGGUGUCAAUUGUGGUCUAAAUACAUCAUUGGUUCCAAUGUACAUCUCAGAAAUUGCUCCUCUCAAUUUAAGAGGGGGUCUGGGUACCGUUAACCAAUUGGCUGUGACUGUUGGCUUGCUGCUUUCACAAGUACUUGGCAUCGAGCAAAUUCUUGGCACAGACGAAGGAUGGCCAAUCCUUCUUGGUCUAGCAGUUUGUCCAGCACUUCUACAGCUGACUUUGUUGCCUUUUUGCCCUGAGUCACCAAGAUACUUGCUCAUUACGAAGCAGUGGGAAGAACAAGCGAGGCAAGCGCUACGGAGGUUGCGUGCUUCAAAUCAAGUGGAGGAAGACAUCGAAGAAAUGCGAGCAGAAGAAAGAGCCCAGCAAGCGGAAGCCACGAUUUCCAUGAUGGAAUUAAUUUGCUCGCCGACACUUAGAUCGCCUCUUAUCAUUGGGGUGGUAAUGCAGCUUUCGCAACAACUAUCAGGGAUUAAUGCUGUUUUCUAUUAUUCGACAGGUCUGUUUGUGAGCUCUGGACUGUCGGAAGAGCAAGCAAAAUUUGCCACAAUUGGUAUAGGUUCGAUAAUGGUGGUGAUGACCCUUGUGUCCAUAUUCUUGAUGGAUCGCAUGGGUCGGAGAUCACUGCACCUGUACGGCCUGGGUGGCAUGUUUAUCUUCUCAAUAUUUAUCACCAUCUCUUUCCUUAUAAAGGACAUGAUUGACUGGAUGUCAUACUGGUCUGUGGUAUCUACGUUGAGCUUUGUGGUGUUCUUCGCUGUGGGUCCUGGAUCCAUCCCGUGGAUGAUAACUGCGGAGCUCUUUUCCCAAGGACCACGACCAGCAGCUAUGUCCAUUGCUGUAUUGGUCAACUGGAUGGCGAACUUCCUUGUUGGAAUUGGAUUUCCCAGUAUGAAUACUGCCCUGGAAAACUACACAUUUCUUCCCUUCAGCUUGUUCCUUGCAAUCUUUUGGAUUUUUACGUACAAGAAAGUGCCAGAGACCAAGAAUAAAACAUUCGAAGAAAUUCUAGCACUCUUUCGACAGGGAAAUGGCAGAUGCAUGAUUUGGCUUCAGCUCCAAGCAAGUGGCUUAAAAGGCAAGAAAGAUAAGAUAUAUGUAAAAGAAAAUCCUUAUUGUGCACAUAUAUAUACACAGUUUGUUUUAUGUGUAUUACAUGUACAUUACAUAAAAGAUUAA